GUCAGAACAAGCCUGCCUCUUGUAUGAGCGGCUCCAAUGUUAUUAAAAGGGAAUUGUGGUGAACAACACUUUGUUUUCUGUCACUCCUGCGAACCCUACUGUAUUUACAUGCAGCUCUCCACAAUAGUGCGCAAUAGAUUUUACACCUCAGUGUGCAGAAUGUAAUCCAGCUCUCUUCUUUCACAGAGUCUGUGAAGCGAGAGGUCCUUAAAUCAGAAUGGAAGUGGAUCCUCAGCUCAGCAGUUGACAGUUUGACUCUGGACCUCGAUACAGCACACCCCCGACUCACCCUGCCUGUGGAUGAGAAACAAGUGAGAAGGAAAAGGCAGGAUCAUAACAAUCCCCAGAGAUUUGAUUACAGGCGCUGUGUGCUGGGCAGUGAGGGCUUCACCUCAGGGAGACACUACUGGGAGCUGGGGGUGGGAGAGAAUACAUUCUGGAGAUUAGGAGUCAGCAGAGGGUCUGCCCCAAGGAAGGAGGAGUUCAGCAUGACCCCCCAGCAGGGUUACUGGACUGUGGGGUGGGAUGGAGAUGAAGAUAAAGAUGAGUUCACUGCUCUCACUGACCCCCAGACCCCCCUCCCCCGGAGCCUGAAGCCCCAGAAGCUGGGGGUGUAUCUGGAUUAUGAGGAAGGACAGCUCUCCUUUUACAAUGUGGAGACCAGAUCUCACAUCUACACUUUCACUGACAUGUUCAAUCCCAAUGAGAAACUCUAUCCAUUCUUCUGGACGUUGGAAUACAAAGACCUUGCACUGGUGUCCCCGGGGAAGAUGAAUGACAGCUCUUUCUUUCUUCUAGUCUGGAAAGGGAUUCUUGCUGCAUCAGUUGAUGUGACUCUGGACCCUGAUACAGCACACCCCCGGCUCAUCCUGUCUGCGGAGGGGAAACGAGUGAGACUGGGAGAGACACGGCAGGAUCUCCCUGACAGUCCAGAGAGAUUUGAUCGCUGGCCCUGUGUGCUGGGCAGGGAGGGUUUCACCUCGGGGAGACGCUACUGGCAGGUGCAGGUGGAGGGGAAUACAUGGUGGAGAUUAGGAGUCAGCAGAGAGUCUGCCAAGAGGAAGGGGGGGUUCAGCAUGACCCCCCAGCAGGGUUACUGGACUGUCAGGUGGAGUGGAGAUGAGUUCAUUGCUCUCACUGACCCCGAGACCCCCCUCCCCCGGAGCCUGAAGCCCCAGAAGCUGGGGGUGUAUCUGGAUUAUGAGGAAGGGCAGCUCUCCUUUUACAAUGUGGAGACCAGAUCUCACAUCUACACUUUCACUGACAUGGAGUUCAAACCCAAUGAGAAACUCUAUCCAUUCUUCUAUACUCUGGACAGUGAUACAGACCUUGUGCUGGAGUCCCCUGACCCUGACCCUGUCAGCGCUGCAGAUUAAACACACAUUGCUGUCUGAACCAGGAAACUAUUCAAACAGCUCAGACAAUCUCCUCUUCACUUUCACUGACACUCUCUCUGCACUCUUCUGGGCUGAUGAGAAGAAAUCCUCUCUCUUCCACCCUCUUACCCUGAGCCCCUCCUUAUUUCUCUACACCCCCUUUCCUACUCUCCCUUCCUGUCUCUCUCUCUCUCUCUUUCCCCUCCACCUCUCCAUCUCCAGAUCCCUCUUUCUCUCCUCUUCUGCUCUCCUCUCUGCCUCCCCUAUGGCUCUCCUCUCUUUCUCUUUCCUUCCCUCUGAUAUGUUAAUCCCCUCCCUUUCCCAUUCUCCCUCUCUCCACCCUGCCCUCUCUACUCUCCCUCUCUCCACCCUGCCCUCUCUACUCUCCCUCUCUCCUCCAUCCUCUCUACUCUCCCUCUCUCCUCCAUCCUCUACUCUCCCUCUCUCCUCCAUCCUCUCUACUCUCCCUCUCUCCACCCUGCCUUCUCUACUCUCUCUCUCCUCUAUCCUCUUUACUCUCCCUCUCUUGUCCCUGCCUUCUCUACUCUCCCUCUCUCCUCCAUCCUCUCUACUCUCCCUCUCUCCACCCUGCCUUCUCUACUCUCCCUCUCUCCUCCAUCCUCUCUACUCUCCCUUUCUCCUCCAUCCUCUCUACUCUCCCUCUCUCCUCCCUGCCUUCUCUACUCUCCCUCUCUCCUCCAUCCUCUCUACUCUCCCUCUCUCCACCCUGCCUUCUCUACUCUCCCUCUCUCCUCCAUCCUCUCUACUCUCCCUCUCUCCACCCUGCCUUCUCUACUCUCCCUCUCUCCACCCUGCCCUCUCUACUCUCCCUCUCUUCUCCCUGCCUUCUCUACUCUCCCUCUCUCCUCCAUCCUCUACUCUCCCUCUCUCCUCUAUCCUCUCUACUCUCCCUCUCUCCACCCUGCCUUCUCUACUCUCCCUCUCUCCUCUCUCCUCCCUCUCUCCUCUCUCCUCCCUCCCCCUCUAAUUUUGUACUGUGAUAUUUUGUAACAGCUGUAAGUCUCCCUGGAUAAGGGUGUCUGCUAAGAAAUAAAUAAUGAUAAAAGACUUUCUAGACAAUAGAUGAAUGCAUUAUUUUCCAUGUAAUCAAUAUUUACACUGAAGCUGAGAUGCUCCCUGAAUAUUAUUCAUUGCUAAACUCAGUGAACUGAUUUCUGCUAUUUUGAUAUGAAUCUUCUGCUCUGUUUUUGUAGCGCAUCUAUUUUCUAUCUUUCUUGAUAAAAUGUAUAAAAGAUAUAACAGUGUUGUGUGAUUUACUGCUCAAUUGUUUACCUCGGCAAUCUUGAACUCGUAAAAAGAAAGACAUUCAUGACAGCAGAGUGCUGAUUAAAUGAGACCAUUACACAUAUGAA